UUGUUUACCGGGGAGGAGAGAGCCGAACCGCGCGCCCGGGCUGCCGGCUGCUCUUCGCCCUCCGCGCCGAGGAUGCUGCGCGGGGGCCCGCGGCGGGCGGCAGCGCUGGGCGCCGUGCUGCUGGGCUCGCUGCUGCUGGCGGCUGCCCGCGGCGCCGAGGAGUGCCUCCGCGGCAACGGCGCGUCCUACCGCGGAAGCCGGCAAGUGGCCUCCGGCGGUGCCCCGUGCCUCAACUGGCUGCUGGUGCGGAGCGGCCCCGGCGCCGCGCUCCCGGCAGCAGUCGCCGAGGACCACAACAGCUGCAGGAACCCGGACGGCGAUGCCGCGCCCUGGUGCUACGUCCGAGGCGCCGCCGGGGACCCCGAGCGAAGACCCUGCGACAUCGCCCAGUGCUCAGCAGAGGCUACAGCUGCUCCAGCACCAGUCCCUACCACAGAAGUUGGUGCUUCUCAGGACGUCGACCAGGUGUUUGAACCAGCCGAUACUUUGCCCUCCCGGAGUGAAGCAGCCGCUGUUCAGCCUGUUAUUGGGAUCAGCCAGAGAGUGCAGAUGAACUCCAAAGAAAAGAAGGACUUAGGGACACUAGGGUAUGUGCUGGGGCUAAUCAUGAUGGUGAUAAUUAUUGCCAUCGGAGCUGGCAUUGUCGUGGGAUACAUCUAUAAGAGAGGGAGAGAUCUGAAGGAAAAGCACGAGCAGAAAGUUUAUGAGCGUGAGAUGCAGCGCAUCACGCUGCCGCUGGCGGCCUUCACCAACCCCACCUGCGAGCUUGUGGAUGAGAACACCAUCGUGGUCCACACCAACCAGACACCCGUGGAGGACAGGCAGGAGGGCAGUGGGCCACUGAUGGGGCAGGCAGGCACGCCUGGGGCCUGAGCAGCUUGGGCAGGAGUGAGCCAGGCUGAGCAAAGCCUCCAGCGUCCCACUGUGAGUGCAGGGGUUGCGUGUGUUCAUUUCUAUUUUGUUUUCUUUUCGAUGAAAGCCAGAUGAAGGUGAUGCAGAGGGGCAGAACAAUGGGCUAUUCAUCAGCAUCUGUUGAGGGGCACUGUUCAGUGUGUGACCAGCUGGGGACUGGUGUGGUGGACCCUGCUGCUUCCUCCCACCUAUCUCCAUGGCAUGCCAAGGAGCUGGGGGGGAUGGUGGUCCAGACUCACAACUGGCCACAGAUCCCAUAGCCUGGACUGUGGUCUCUGCUUCCUCUUUUUUUCUGUUCCUUUCCUGUUUAAUGGUGUGCACUGUUAACUUAAGUUUCAGCCUGGAACCCCAGGAGGGAGCACUACUGCAGGGACUGAGGGGAGCUUCAUGUCAGACUUAGCUAGAUAAUUACACUCUGAUUAUAGUUCCUGUCUUUUUGCUGUAGCAGCUGAGAGCUGGAGAUAGUAUGCAGAAUCCUGAUACUGGAUCAGAUUUUUUUCUAAAGAAGAGUUUAUUUGAGGGAUGGCUUUGGCUAGGAACAGUAUGUUUAGCUCCAGUGUCUAUUUGGAAAAGCUCUUCUCAAGCUCUUGACAAAUACAGGUCUUCCAGGGCUGAGGCCACAUCUCCAUUCCCCUCUGGUGCUACAUGCACAGUUGUAGGUGUCCAGGUGGUCUGCUCACUUACACAGAUCAGGAGACCAAAGGCUAGCAGUAGAUAGCUGUGGAGUGAAGAAAAUAAACUGCCCUUCAGUAACCUGUAGCAGGGUGAACACUGAGGAUAUGUAACAUCCUCUUCUGAAUUGCCUUGGCUUUCUGCAGAGCCAGCUCUGGACAGAAUGGCCAAGGCAGCUGUGGAGGUCACCCUGACUGACCACAGUGCAGCAGCUCUUGCUCUUAAGGGCAGGACAGGGCAGCUACUCUUGCGAGAUCCCUUAGUUAUGGCAUGGCUCUUGGCCUGGCCUCCUUCACACACACUCAGCUUCUUGCUUACAGAGCUUGGCCCUAUAAGAGAGGUUUUGUUACAACUUCUGUUAGCAUUUCAGGGGGGUUGGAAGGGAUGGUUGCUGCACUGUCUCCCCAAGGGAACCAAGGCAAGACCAGUUCAGGGAAACAUCCAUCCCCACCUCAGGGGAUUCAAGCCAUUCAAGUAAGUUUUCUAGCCAUCUGCUUUAUAGCUGUGGGCCUAACAGGGAGCAGCACGUGGCAGCAGGGGUUUUAGUGUUAAUGUUUGAGUCAGAAAAGGGAAAUGUUUUAUUUUUAAAUGCCUUUGAAUACCAUUUCUUUGUAAAAUGUUUUAAAUACCUCAUUAUGAGAAGGAGCAGAUUGUGCUACCUUGUAUUAAAGCUUACAAGAAAAAUGCUCUGUA